AUGGUGCGCGCCGGCCGCGUGCUGGCCACGGGCCGCAACACCGUCAACGCCACCAAGAACGCCACGCGCCACGCCGAACUCAACUGCGUGGAUGCCAUCUAUCGGCAGUGCGGAGCGGCUGGCGUGCCGGCAGCGGCCGUGUGGGGCGCCACGGACGUGUUCGUGACUGUGGAGCCGUGUGUGAUGUGCGCGGCGGCGCUGGUCCAGCUGGGCGUGCGCUCUGUGAGGUACGGCUGCGCCAACCAGCGGUUCGGCGGCUGCGGCUCCGUGCUGAGCGUGCCCGGCCGGCUGCUACCCACGGACGCCACGUUCGUCCAGGACGCCGAGCGAGUGGACGAGGCGAUCGCCCUGCUCAAGGAGUUCUACAAGGGCGACAACCCGAACGCGCCGCGUGCGGAGUGA